UCCAAAUGCAUUUCAAUGGUUUGGCCGGUCCCACUCACAAUGUUUAGACUUGUGCCUACAAUUUGGAUUCUCUGUGAUCAUAUUUGAUUUAAGGAUCACAGUACAGCUAUGGAUAGUGAACCAAACCCUGGAACAUCCUCUGUUUCGACAACAACCAGUAGCACCACCACUACCACCAUCACCACUUCCUCCUCUCGAAUGCAGCAACCGCAGAUCUCAGUCUACAGUGGCUCAGACCGACAUGCUGUACAGGUAAUUCAACAGGCAUUGCAUCGCCCCCCCAGCUCAGCGGCUCAGUACCUUCAGCAAAUGUACGCAGCUCAACAGCAGCACUUAAUGCUGCACACUGCAGCUCUGCAGCAGCAGCACCUCAGCAGCUCCCAACUACAGAGCCUCGCUGCUGUUCAGGCAAGUUUGUCCAGUGGAAGACCAUCUACGUCCCCCACAGGAAGUGUCACACAACAGUCAAGUAUGUCCCAGACAUCUAUCAACCUCUCCACUUCUCCUACACCUGCACAGUUAAUAAGCCGUUCCCAGGCUUCCAGUUCCACCAGCGGCAGUAUUACCCAACAGACUAUGUUACUAGGGAGUACCUCCCCCACCCUAACGGCAAGCCAAGCUCAAAUGUAUCUCCGAGCUCAAAUGCUGAUUUUCACACCCGCUACCACUGUGGCUGCUGUACAGUCUGACAUUCCUGUUGUCUCGUCGUCAUCGUCAUCUUCCUGUCAGUCUGCAGCUACUCAGGUUCAGAAUUUAACAUUACGCAGCCAGAAGUUGGGUGUAUUAUCUAGCUCACAGAAUGGUCCGCCAAAAAGCACUAGUCAAACUCAGUCAUUGACAAUUUGUCAUAACAAAACAACAGUGACCAGUUCUAAAAUCAGCCAACGAGAUCCUUCUCCAGAAAGUAAGAAAGGAGAAAGUCCAAGUCUGGAAUCACGAAGCACAGCUGUCACCCGGACAUCUAGUAUUCACCAGUUAAUAGCACCAGCUUCAUAUCCUCCAAUUCAGCCUCAUCCUCUAAUAAAACAUCAGCAGAUUCCUCUUCAUUCACCACCUCCCAAGGUUUCCCAUCAUCAGCUGAUACUACAGCAGCAGCAACAGCAAAUUCAGCCAAUCACACUUCAGAAUCCAAGUCACGAUCCACCCGCAUCCCAGCACUGCAUACCUCUCCCAAACCACGGCCUGCCCCCAGCUCCCAGUAGUGCCCAGGCACAGCAUUGUUCACCAAUUCAGAGCCAUGCCCCUCCUCUCACAAUGUCUCCUAGCCAGUCACAGUCUGCACAGCAGUCUGUCGUGGUGUCUCCUCCGCCACCUCAUUCGCCAAGUCAGUCUCCGACUAUAAUUAUUCAUCCACAAGCACUUAUCCAGCCGCACCCUCUUGUGUCAUCAGCUCUCCAGCCAGGGCCAAACUUACAACAGUCCACUGCUAAUCAGGUGCAGCCUGCAACACAGCUGAAUCUUCCAUCUCAUCUUCCACUUCCAGCUUCCCCUGUUGUACACAUUGGCCCAGUUCAGCAGUCUGCCUUGGUGUCCCCAGGUCAGCAGAUUGUGUCUCCAGCAUCACAUCAGCAAUAUUCAACCCUGCAGUCCUCUCCAAUCCCAAUCGCCACCCCUCCACAGAUGUCAGCAUCUCCUCCAGCUCAGAUUCCUCCACUGCCCUUGCAGUCUAUGCAGUCUUUACAAGUGCAGCCUGACAUUCUAUCCCAGGGCCAGGUUUUGGUGCAGAAUGCUUUGGUGUCGGAAGAGGAGCUUCCAGCUGCAGAAGCGUUGGUCCAGUUGCCAUUUCAGACUCUUCCUCCUCCACAGACUGUUGCGGUAAACCUCCAAGUACAACCACCAGCACCUGUUGAUCCACCAGUGGGAAUGCAUUUGAACCAGUGUCAUCUGCACAAAGUUUUUUCUCUUAAGGUUUAUCAAGUAGAAGACGUGUGUGAAGAAGAAAUGCCAGAAGAGUCAGAUGAAUGUGUCCGGAUGGACAGAACCCCACCGCCACCCACAUUGUCUCCAGCAGCAAUAACUGUGGGGAGAGAAGAUUUGACUUCUGAACAUCCAUUGUUAGAGCAAGUGGAAUUACCUGCUGUGGCCUCAGUCAGUGCUUCAGUAAUUAAAUCUCCUUCAGAUCCUUCACAUGUUUCUGUUCCUCCUCCUCCACUCUUACUUCCAGCUGCUACCACAAGGAGUAAUAAUAGCACGUCUAUGCCCACUAGCAUUCCCAGUGUAGAAAACAAACCUCCACAAGCCAUUGUUAAACCACAGAUCUUGACCCAUGUUAUUGAAGGCUUUGUGAUUCAGGAGGGAUUGGAGCCAUUUCCUGUGAGUCGUUCAUCUUUGCUAAUAGAACAGCCUGUGAAAAAAAGGCCUCUUUUGGAUAAUCAGGUGAUAAAUUCUGUGUGUGUUCAGCCAGAGCUACAAAAUAAUACAAAACAUGCAGAUAAUUCAUCUGACACAGAGAUGGAAGACAUGAUUGCUGAAGAGACAUUAGAAGAAAUGGACAAUGAGUUGCUCAAGUGUGAAUUUUGUGGGAAGAUGGGAUAUGCUAAUGAAUUUCUACGGUCAAAACGAUUCUGCACCAUGUCAUGUGCCAAAAGGUACAAUGUUAGCUGUUCUAAAAAAUUUGCACUUAGUCGUUGGAAUCGUAAACCUGAUAAUCAAAGUCUUGGGCAUCGUGGCCGUCGUCCAAGUGGCCCUGAUGGGGCAGCAAGAGAACAUAUCCUUAGGCAGCUUCCAAUUACUUAUCCAUCUGCAGAAGAAGACUUGGCUUCUCAUGAAGAUUCUGUGCCAUCUGCUAUGACAACACGUCUGCGCAGACAGAGUGAGCGGGAAAGAGAGCGUGAGCUCCGGGAUGUGAGAAUUAGGAAAAUGCCUGAAAACAGUGACUUGCUACCAGUUGCACAAACAGAGCCCUCUAUAUGGACAGUUGAUGAUGUCUGGGCCUUCAUCCAUUCUUUGCCUGGCUGCCAGGAUAUCGCAGAUGAGUUCAGAGCACAGGAGAUUGAUGGACAGGCACUUCUUUUGCUAAAAGAAGACCAUCUUAUGAGUGCAAUGAAUAUCAAGCUAGGCCCAGCCCUAAAGAUCUGUGCACGUAUCAACUCUUUGAAGGAAUCUUAACAGGAUCAUGAGGCUUUGAGAUAACAGCAAUUUUACUCUUCUUAAACAAACUUGUAAGGUAAAGGCUCAGGUUGGCCUAGGAUAUUAUCACUUAUGGUGGAUAGCCAAGCACACUGGGAUCUCUGCAUCAAAAGUUGACAUUUCUUCUACAGAUAUAAUUCAUCAUACAUUUUCAUAAUUAGCCAACAUUGGUGAAAUUAAUUUUACAGGUUACAACAUGCAACAUUGAAAGACUUAUUAUAGAAGGCCAUUGAUAUUUUUCAAAGAAAUGUGUUAUAGUAGAUAAUUUUUUAAAAGGUGUUUAUCAUUAAUAUAAAGAAUCCUUUUAAAAGUAAUUUAAUGAUUUACAUUUCUCCUCUUUGAUUCCGUUUUCUUAUACAUUUUUCUACCCUAUAAAUUUUUUAUAAGUUGUCAUGAGAGAUAAUUUAGGAAUAAUUUAGGAGUCCAGGGAUUGGAAUUGUUUGCAAUGAGUUAUCAGUACACAUUUAAAAAACAUGUCUGUUAGCUGCUUUGUCUAUAAAAAGGUUUGCAUUCUAGCAUGAAUAAUACUGAUCUGAAAGUCAGAAGAGUUGGUUUCUAUUCCAGACUUGACCAAGAAUUUGGUGUGGCUGAGAAAGUUUCACUUAGUGUUUGUACUUUGAGAGCAGGUUUCUGUUUGGCAUCUAAACACAGAGGACAGGGAUAUUGCUAACUAGCCCACAAUGCACAGGGCAGUCACCGCGUUACCUGGCCCAGAAGGUCAGCAGUGCCAAGGUGGAGAAAUCCUGAUGUCGGAGUGGUAAAUGUUUCUCUUUUUCACCCACAGGAAUAUUUUGAAAAGAUGAGACAUGAUAAGGGAUACAUUAUACAAUGGAAGUAUUUCAGAUAGCAUCAUGUUCUGCUGAAGUAUUUUUCCCAGUUUAUGCAUACUAGAAAAGGGGGCAAAACCCAUUAAAUUGGCCUAUAAAAUAAGGACUGGGAUACAGAUAAUUUGACUCAGCAGUAGAUUCAUAUCAAUUAUCUUUUAUAUAUCUGCUCCUCUGCAUUGAUGAAGGCAUAAUAUGAUUAUCCCCUGUGAACCAGUAGACAGCCUUUGCUGGCAAGGCAGUGGUUUGUAGCAGAUAUGUGCUUGGUCUUUGGAUGUUUUUCUAAUGUUGAACAUGCUGGGUCUAGCUAGAAUACAUAUUCCUUUUUCUUUGACUAAACCCUUGCAUCCUUCCUGCAAAGCACUUAGCAAGUGAAAUGUCUUGGAUAAUCAGAUCUAAUUUUGUAUGUACAUAUUUUAGGGGAAACAUUUUUAAAGCACAACCUUUCACUGAAUAGUUAGUGUUCUGUUAGAAUUAUGACACUACAACAAAAUUGCUGUGGGAGCCCUGAGAGCUUUAUAGUCCUGGAGAUCAAAACUUUGUUUUAAUCUUUAUUGUAUCUUUACCAUACAGUGGAAAUGUUUUAAUAACUGAAGGAACAACCACAGACAUUUGACAGAAGUUCAUUAAGUGGGGAAGAGUCCAUGGGUUUCAGUCAUUGCCACUGCUCUUUUCGAAAAGAUUGUGUUGAGCUAGUAGAAGACUAAAGAUGUCAUUAAAGACAUCACAGAUAUUUAUCUUUUGGCUUUGUGUACAUUAGAGAAUGUUGAUUAUUUUUAUACAAAAAUACAGCGGGUAAUUUUUUUAAUCUUUAGAUGCCUCUUGUUUGAAUGUAUGCUUUGUGGGAUUCUUUUGUGUAGUGUUUUAAAAAAAGAUGUUUACUGAUAGUUACGUGUAGGAUUAGAAUGUGUAAUAUAGUGUAAGGCUCAUGUUCCAGACCUACAAUAGCUUAUAGUCUAUGUUACAUAUUUCUUUACAUCAUAUUUUUAAUUAUUGAAGUUUCAAGGAAAGGUAAGUACUCUAUAGUCAAUUUUCAUUUAUUAGCAGUUAAUAUGACACAGUUGUCAUAUUUGACUUUUCCCCUCAUCUUGCAAUUUCAGAACACAAGUAUAGGCUAAGCAUUAGAUGGUCCACAGUAUUGGGGGUAGGGGGCAUAAAGAAAAAUCUCCCUUGGAAUUAAAACUUUAUCCUAGAUAAUCCCCAAUUAAUAUAAAAGUAUUUGGGAAUAGAUUCCCCUUGCAAUAAUAAUUACCUCCCAUAACUACGUUAUCUAUAGCCUUUAAGGUGUUAACUUUGAACUAUGUUAUAGGUUCUUUUAUUUACUUCCUCUUCUAAUAGGUCGUUAUGUACUAACAGCCCCUGUGCUUAGCACUGUGUUAAACAUUCAAGAAAGCUUACAGGAGGGGUUUCCGUUUGAGAGCACCUUAUAUUAAAUGUUAUAAUGGUUUUUUUUUUUAAGUGUAUUGGGAUGACAAUUGUUAGUCAAGUUAUAUAGGUUUCUGUAUACAUCAUCUAUGUAUCACAUUGUGUGUUCACCACCCAGAGUCAGUUCUCCUUCCAUCACCAUAUAUUUGACCCUGUUUACUCUCAUGUACCACCCCCUCCCCCCUUACCCUUUGGUAACCACUAAACUAUUGUCUGUUUCUAAUCUUAAUAGUCCAGAUUUUUUGUUGUCCCCCCUUAAAACAUACCAGAAAAUAUACUGGCUAUUUUUAAGUGAGUUGUUUUAUUUAGAAAUGGCUCAUUUGCUUUCUACUGGUAAUUCUCACCAUUGAUGAAGCUAAUUCUCUCUAGAUAAAUCAUCCUAAUUUCAAGCUUCACUUACAUAUAAUGGAUCUAGACGAUAACACUGGUGUCUACCUCUCCUGAGCUUUAAGCAGCUUUACUGUAAUAUAGAUGGGGAGAGUACUGUUGUUUUCAUUUUCAUUCAUAUUACUAAUUGUUUUUAGGAUUUUGAGGAGAGGGAAUGACAAGCAGAAAAAGGGUAUGGGAAGUUCUUCCUACCUUUGUUACCUAAGUUUGCAUUUUCUGACUUCUUUAAACUGAUGUACUAUUUUCCUCUUGAGGAAAAGAAAUCUUACAAGUUUGAAAUUUUACUUGCAAAACAAGUAAACUGAGAAAGCUGGUUUGUAAAAGUUAUUUUUUGCAUGACGUGGGUUUUCAUCAAGCUGUGUAGGGAUGUAUGUGUCUGGCGUAGCUAUGCAGCUCUGAUAUAAUUAGUAUAGCAUGAGGCAGACUGCUGUCCCAAAACAUCACUUUUUAAGUGGCACUUAAGUAUUUCCAUUAUGAUACUUUUAUUUUGCUGUGGCAUCUUCUAAACAGACGUUAUUUUUAGUCCCCAGUGUUAGGGCUGUCACCUAGAAGUAGAGAAGGUGGAGUGUGGGAGGAAAGAAAUGUUAGUGAAGAAAUUUAAUGGGAAAGAGGCAGACAGGAGAACUGCCCCUUGUUUAUCCCACUUCAACACUGAACAAAUUUCUGCACUUUUGAAGUUAAUAUUCUUGUUUUACCUAGUUUUAAAUAGAAAUUUUUCUUCAGUAGCUCACUGUUUAUUUUUGCUUCCUGGUGUAUGAAAUCAGUAGUGUUGUGCCGAUGCCUUUGAAUAAUUUUUGAUAGAGCUAAUCUUCAUAUAUCCGGUGUGAAAUUAUAGUCAGACGUUUCUUCAAAUUCCAGUAUUAGACUGAAAUCUGUCAAAGUGCCUCGUAUCACUGACUUGUUCUAUUAAAUGUGACAAAGUCCCACUAUUUGUAUUUGCAGGCUUUUGGUACCACCGUGGCCCGGGUAUGGUAGGCAGGCCAUAUAUAGAUUGUAUUGUCUUAGGUUGUAUUUACAUGUGUGUAAACAAUUUUGGAAAGACUGAACGGUUACAGAUGUAUGUGAACGAUGCUAUAUACUCACAGCCGUUACGAGUGGAUAAAAUCCUGACUGGACACACUGUUCAAAUGUUUUAAAGAUCUAUUUUCAACCAGAAUAGCCUCGUGAUAUUUUGUGGUUUGAAGAUUCUCGCCCUUGGUGAAUGGCAAGAACACACACUGUAUGUGCUCCUGGCAUUGAGACUGACCUAAUAGCAUGAAAGGGCAUUAUUCACCCCUUACUUCCUGUAAAGCCUCCUCUAGCCCCAAGAAAACUCAGCGUGAACACUUUCUUUUUUGAGACUUUUGCCUGAAAAUCCAUAGAGAGGAUUUUGUAGUGGGGUUAAUUUUAGGGAGGUAACUGGAACAGCUUUCUAAUAUGUAACAGCCAUAUACUGACCCAUCUAUGCACAAUGUUUGCUCAGUCGCUUUCCUGGGCACCAUAUGUGUAACUAGCUGGGCCUUGAGAAAGGUUUUCAAGCAGGGAGGAUAGAGAAGUAAAGGAGGAGACAAACAGGCGGAGAAGCAUUCCAGACGCAAUAGGGUAGGACAGUUCACUGAGUGAGGUCGUGUAGUGUAGUGUAGAUACAGCCUUCAAUAGUUCAAAAUAAUUAUAGUGUUUGGAUCCCAGUUACAGCAAUAACAGUUCAUAGUUUUUAUUAUGUCAAGAUUUGCCUGUAAUCAAACUCAUUCUUUCACCCUCUUUAUCAAGUGACCCUGUCUUUAAGAGCAUCUUUUAUAAUAGUUCCAGUGAUACACAAUUAGUGAUUUUUGAUUUCUGAAAAAGGUGACAACUAUUAUAGCUGGAGAAUAUUUGUCAAAAACUCAAAGGUUAAUUGUAAUUGGGUUAUCAAAAUUAUAGAGUAUCCACUUUCAUAUAUACCAGUUGAAUCAACCUUGUAGAUUUUUAUAAAGAAAAGCAUUUUUAAGAUUGUAUUUUAGUUGCUGGAUUGUGUCUCAGUCUAAGAAUUGGAUGACUAAGAGCUAUAGCUUUCUGUUUAUUGGUGUGGAUUUCAGUAAACACAAGCCUACCUCUAUUUCUUUGAUGGACAAUAGUGUGGAUUAAGAAACAUACUUUAAUACACAUUCAUUAACACUGGUAUUUUAUGAAUCUAUUUAGAACAUUUGAUUUCGUCUUAAAGAUUGUGAUUCAAUUUAGAUAAGCACAAAUGCAGUAUUAAGAAAAGUAAAUACGCAAUCUUACUAAAAUUUAAUUUCAACGUAUUAAAAGCUGUACAUCUUUCAAAGAAUUUUUUGGGAGGAUAUUCUUUUGUUAGAAGUUCAGAAAAUGUAUUAUUAUAUAAUUUCCUUCAGAGCAGCAAUAUAAGCCAUUUCUUUAAUAAAACAUGUUAAACAUUGUAUUAUUUUCUUUGGGAAAUGUUUCCUAAAUUUUAAAGAAUUCUAAAGUUUUACAUGUUAUUUUUAGAGCUUAUUAUUUAAUCUAUUUUAAAAUAAUAGUAUGAGAAAAUUUUUUUCAAAGUUGUAAAGCACCGAUACAGAUAUAAUUAUUACCAUCAUAUUCCAGAGCAAAACAUUUGGCUUAGUACACAUAUAUUAGAAGGGAGUGAACUCCCUCCUUUUCAGAUUUGAAGCCCAGAUUCUCUAAUGAAAAUUCUCCCAUUCUACUCUAACAUGAACACAUUAUCUUUUAAGUUCCAUGUUUAUGGAGCCUUUGGAAAAUGUCCACAAAUGUUUAAUUUUUUCCCUUUUUAUAAAGCUCACGAACAUUAAUUUUAUUUAAAGAUGACAAUUUUAAUCUCAGAUGUUAGAGAAGAGGUACACUAGAAAAAUAUUAUUUUCUACUGCCUUUGAGAAGUAUAAUUGUGCUCAGUGAUACUGGUGGCUUAAAUAUGAAUCCAUAGAAAACCUAUGUAAAGGUUUUAAAAUGUAUUGUUUAAAAGAAGUAUAGUAAUGAGUGAAUUUUAAUUUUGGGGGAAAAAAUCAAUAUAAAUUUAAAACUUAUGCUAACAUGGCAUAGUUUUAAAUUUAACAGUAAUAUAGGAAGUCCUUUUGACCACCUAUUUAAAUUGACUCCAGUAAUCUUCGUAAGGAUUGAUAGUAGCCAUCAUUAUUGGCUUAAAGUUAUGCUUUAGGGAAUAUUAUCCGUGUUAAAAUCCAUGUUUUACUUGGAGCUUUAAUUAAUUGAUGGAGGUGAAGAAGUUGGUGUUUAUGAGGGUGGUGGUGAAAUGAACAUCAACCUAUUUUAUAAACAAGGAACUUUCCAGUCUUGCCUAAAGCAAAUCAGAAGUAUCCACUGCUUAAAAAAACCUUUGUUUAGAAUGCUAUGUUAAAAGUCAUAAUUCUUUUUGUUUUAGGUAGUACUAAAUAAUCUACUUCAAUAGUAAAUAAUAGAUGAACAUAAUCAUUAAUAUGACGAAUGACUGGGGUUUUAUAUCCAGUUGGUGAAUUAGCUGUGUGUGAUACUCUAGGCAAGUUACUUAACUUUUAACCUCUUUCCUCUUCUGAAUACACAGUAUGGAGCUUAUACUACUCAAAAUGUUGAUUUUGGUUUAAAUCAUCUCUAAGGUACCUUCCAGAUCUAAAACUAUGAUUCUAGGCCACAUAAUGCAGUGUUUUAAAAUUGUUCCUACUUAAUUCUCAUUUCCUUUUUAAUGGUUCAUUUCAUACUUAAGAGCUUUUGCUAAAAGUUAAUUAUUAAGCAUCAUUUCCUGGGUCACUUACAGUCUUUGUUCUAAAGAAAAGGUAGAAAAUUCAUACAGACAAGCAAAUGAGGACAUUUUUCUAAAUGCUUCUUUCUAGUUAACCAUUGGAUAUGUGAAUACAUCUGAAUAUUAUUAUGCAUUUAUCCAUUCAUUUAGCACACCAUUUGAACACUUACUACUGUGUUUCCCCGAAAAUGAGACAUAGCCAGACAAUCAGCUCUAAUGUGUCUUUUGGAGCAAAAAU